AUGGAUGACGGAAAUGGGGACAGUGAAGAUGGCAGUCUGAUGAUAGCAGAUAUGCAUGAGGGAAAAGACACUGAUGAUACAGACAAGGAGUCUGGACAUUCUGAGGAGGAAGAAGAACAGGCACAGCUUGUCUUCAAUGGCACCAUGACACGUAGACAGUCCAAGCAGUUCCAGGACUCCGGCAGCAAUUUUGCAGUGUUUUCAGUACGACCAGGUGGCAAGUCAAAGAACCGGACCUGCGAGUACUGUGGAGUUCUUAAAGCCACUCCUGCGGCCCUCAUUCGACAUAUACGCAAACAUACAGGAGAGAAGCCUUUUGUGUGCCAGCUGUGUGGUAAGGCAUACAAAGCCAAGAGGAGUCUUCACAUGCACCAGAAUUCUCACCACAGAGAGUCGGGGCAGAUGCUGCCUCCGAACCCAUCUUCCUUGCCCACCCAGGUACCCAUCACGUCACCUGUUCUAAUGCAAACUUCCCCAACACCUGCCAUCUCUGAG